UUAUACUAAACAUUUAAAUGAUUAUAUAAAAAUAGCAAAUUUUAGAUACUUAACAAAAAUUCUGUGUGGUUUAAAAUAUAAUGGCUGAAGAAGCUGAAGAGAGGGCAAGUGGAGACACAGUCUCCGUAGCCAAGCCGGAAGGUGAGGAUACGUUACGAAAAGUUCCAGAUGUUGAGUUGAUAUUAGAUGGUUUUGGUUUUAUGCCAGAAGCGAAUCAAUUUAAAUCAGCAAAGGAACUUAAAAAAAUAUAUAAAACUUCAAAAGAAGAGUCUAGCCAAAGUCCUUGCGCGUCAAGCACUAAUAUUGAUAUCGUAAGAAGAUAUACUUGGAAAACCAGGAACAGAAUGACAGUACAGGUUAUAACGUACGGCGCUACAAUAACAACAAUUCAAGUUCCUGACAAAAAGGGAGUUCCUGACGAUGUGAUAGCUGGAUUCGAUACAUUAGAAGAAUACUUUCAACCGGCAAACCCGUACUUUGGAGCCACUAUAGGACGCUAUGCCAACUAUAUCCGUGAGGGUACAAUGGUAGUGCAACCUUCCGGAAGAAUGUAUAUGCUUAGCCAUAACCGAGGACACAAUCACUAUAAUGGAGGACACGUCGGAUUUGAUAAGGUUAAUUGGCGUUCCUACGUGAAUGGUAAUAAAGUGGUAAUGAGUCAUAUCUCCGAAAGAUUUCACGAAGGCUACCCUGGAACGGUAAUGGCACAGGUGACCUUCGAAGUCACUUGUGAUAACACUCUGAAGAUUGAAAUGAAAUGUCAUACCAGCGAACCUACCAUCGUCAACUUAAGCAAUGCUCUUUACUUCAAUUUAGCGGGUCAUCACGCGGGUCCCGAGCAAAUGUGUGAACACAUCAUUACUAUUAAUGCGGAUAAAUACACGGCCGUGGAUGACGAAGGUCUUGCAACAGGAGAGAAGAAUGUCGUUGGUGGUACUGCGUACGACUUCAGAGUACCGCGUGUUUUGCGUGGUAUGUUGCCAAGGAUACCAAUGGGGGGCUAUGAUGUCAACUACUGUAUCACGCAAGGCACUGAGCAAGACUUAUCGUUCCAAGCCAGAGCUCUCCAUCCCAUUACCGGGAGGGUUGUAGAAGUCUACAGUACUCAAUCAGGUAUGCAGUUCUACACGGGCAAUCUACUUCCGGAUCCGGAUAAAAUCGUUGAGGAACCGCGGGCUGAAGAAGAGUCACAAGAAGAGGAAGUGAAAGAGGAGUCUGACAGCGGGAGCGAGAGCAGUGACAAGUGGAGUGCGAAUGGCGAGGAGGCUGGUGAGGAAAGCAAGGGCAAGAAAAGCUACGGCUACGUACCGUUAUUGGGGAAGAAGGGGACUUUUUACAGAAAGCAUGGUCUCUUCUGCCUUAUGCCGCAAAACUAUCCAGAUGCUGUGAAUCAUAAAAACUUCCCGAAUUCCAUUCUGAAUCCAGGAGAGGUGUACGUCCACAAAAUUCAAUACAAAUUCGGUCUACUGCUAGGGAAAUAUGUCUAAUAAAUUGUGAAAGUCUCGUGUGAUUU